AUGUCAGAUCCAAGUGCUAGAAUAAUUUCUCAUAUGAAUAAAGAUCAUCAAUUAUCUUUAAAUGAUUAUGUCAUUAUAUAUGGAUCAGUUAAUCCAAAAUAUUUAGUUGAAGAUUCAGUACAAAUAGUUAAAAUUGAUACAAAUCAAAUUAUAAUUGAAUAUGAUGUUAUAAAACCACCUGCUACAAGAACUUUAGCUUUAUAUUGGACAGAUGCAAAAGAAAAUGAUAAUUUAAAAGUUGAAUCAUGGUCAGAUAUUAAGGGGAAGCUAAUUUCAAUGGCUAAUUAUUGUGCUGAAAAACAAGGUUAUGCUUCUAAAAAAAUUACUAAAAUAUUGGGACCUAAUUUUUUAGAUUUUAUUAUUAUGUAUCCUACAUGGAUUAUUUUAAUAUUAAAUUCAUAUAAUCCUUCAAUUUUAAGAAAUUUAUUUGUAAAUGAUCAAUGGUUUAAUAAAAUUAUUAAAUAUUUACCUCAAUUUGUGUUUAGUGGUUAUAAAUUUUCAGAAGUUCAUGCUUUAAAAUUAAUUUAUACUUUAACUUUUCUUCAUUUAGGUGAAAUUAUUUUCAUUACUAUACCAUUAUUAAAAAAAUAUAGAGCUCCAAAUAAUGUUAAAUUAGCUUAUUAUAUUUUAAAUUUUAUUGAGGGUUUCCCAGUUUUAUUAAGAUUAAAAAAAUUAGCUAAAUAA